UGAGCAAGAGUCCCGGGUUCGGAGUAGGCUUGGGCUAGCACGGGCUUGGGUUGGGCCAUACAAUCAAGCUCGGCUCGUCGGGGGAUCUCAGGCCCGCAUCCUGUGAGGCUUUCUCAUGGCCGGAGCGGCGGAGCCCCACGACCUGCCAUCAUAUGCGUGGCUCGCCGGAGCCCCGACACCUUAGGGCCGCCACUACUUUGCCUGGUCGCGAGACCGCGUGCCGUCUCCCUUCGUCGCCGCCUCGCCGGCCACCAUGCUCCGUCGCGGCCGUCGGUUCCUCCCCGCCAGGCCACCCCGCCGCCGCCACUCCAAACCCCACACCGAGCCGUCCCCCCCAACCCCGCCGACCUACACCCGCGACGUCGUCCACCGCGCCACCUCCAUCCUCCGCGACCACUCCUGGUUGGCGGCGCGCCCGCUCCUCCUCUCCCUCCCGGGGCUCGCCUGGGAUUCCCACACCGUGGCGCGCGUGCUCAAGACCCACCCGCCCCUCCAAAAGGCCUUCCUCUUCUUCCGCCUGGCAGCCUCCGCGUCCCCCACCUUCCGCCACGACCGCUUCACCUACACCUCCAUGAUCCACCUCCUCGGCGAGGCCGGCCGCGUGCCCGCCAUGCUCCGCCUCCUCGCCGAGAUGCUCCGUGCCGGGGUGGCGCCCGACGCCGCCACCUUCACCACCGUCAUGCACUGGCUCGCACGGGCCGGGGACGUGGACGGCGCCAUGCGGGUGUGGGCGGAGAUGAAGGCGCGGAGCCGCCCCACCGUCGUCAGCUACACGGCGUGCGUGAAGAUCCUGUUCGACGCCGGGAGGGCGGAGGAGGCGCGGAGGGUGUUCGAGGAGAUGGUGGCCGAGAGGCUGCGGCCGACCUGCAAGACGUACACGGUGCUUAUCGAGCAUCUCGCGGACGCAGGAAAAUUCGAAGCUACACUUGAGAUUAUGAACAAGAUGCAAGAAGCAGGCGUAGAACCAGACAAAGCACUCUGCAAUAUUCUAGUCCAGAAAUGUUCCAGUGCUGGUGAGACAUCGGUUAUGACUUGCAUUCUUCAGUACAUGAAGGAGCAUUUCAUUGUUCUUCGUCGACCUGUUUUUUUGGAAGCACUGGAAGCUCUAAAAGCUAGUGGCAAGAGCGAUGAACUUCUUCGGGAAGUAAACCCUCAUCUUUCAUAUGAAGGCAUUGAAUGUGACCCAAUAUUGUCUGAUCAAGGCUACAUUACUGAUAGAAGUACUAUUCUUUACCUUUUGGCUGCAAAAAACUGGUCCUCUAUAGAAGAAAUGAUAAAUAAAUUGGCCCCAAAGAAUGUAAAAAUGGAAACCCAUAUCCUGUCUGAUGUUAUUGAGGCCAGCUGUGCAGACUGUAGACCAUCUUGUGGACUCACAGUUAUGCGUUAUAGUUUAAGAGAAGGCAUUGUACUUGAUAGGUCUGCAUAUAGUUCUCUUCUUGGUCAAUACAUCAGAAAUGGUUCGUUGGAUUUGGUCUUAGAGAUUGUUGAAGGAUUGAUUAAAUCUGGUUGCAAACUUGGGACAUACCUGUCAUCUAUCUUAAUACUCAGACUGGGCUAUGCUGGGCAUUCGGCAUAUGCAGCUCGUAUUUUUGGAUUGUUGACUUCAGACAAGAAUGUUGUUACCUACACUGCCCUUAUGAAUGCCUAUUUUCAAGCUGGCAAAGUUGAUAAUGUUCUUGAUCUAUUCACACAAAUGAGAACUUCUGGAAUAUCUGCUUGCUUGGGUACAUACGAAGUGCUGAUACAUGGCUUACAAAAGGCUGGGCGGAAACGGGAAUCAGAACAUUACCGAAGAGAAAGAAUGGAUAUGCAAUGGCAUCUUCAGUAUCGUAAUCAGUGCUCACCUGAAGAUAGCUUAUGUAACCAUCUGUUUUGUGCCCUUCAUGGUUAGAUUUUGGAAGAUGGUUUGAUUGGCAAUGUUCUAACUAUUCGCUCAAUGUUUUAGCUUCA